AUGCUAAAUGAUUCAUAAGAUAUCGCAAGCAAAUUACAAUGUUAAAUAUCAAAAGAAGUUAAUGAAAUAUUGCAAAUAGAAAAUAUUAAUCGAAAUGAAUAUGGAAUUUAUAGAACUAAAAAAGGACACCUUAUAAAAUUUGAUGAAUUCAAUGACUAUAUCCUCGAUUAAGAUGUUUUAGUUUACAUUGAUAAAAAAGUGAAAAGUUAAUAUAUUGUAAGAUUCAUCCAUAAUCAUUUUAGAUGUAACUUGAAUUUGAAAAAAAUUAUGAUAUUGAAUAAUAUGUUAUAGAGGGUAGAAAUUAUGUCUACAUUAGAACAAAAUUAAUGAAUAUGUAGAAUAAAUAAGAGAUAAUAAAUUUGCAUUUAUUAAAUAUUUAUUAACAAGGGUCUAUUAAAUAACUAAUAUAGGAAACUCUUAAUGGACUUUAGUUUAGCUUUAAAUUUAAAGAUUAAUAAGAUUAUUUUGUAUAGAUAAUAUUUGCUACUUUGUUUGAUAAUGAUUUUAAGGGAACUGAAUCAUAAGUGAAUAAUCUAGUUUAAUAAAUAUCAAAAAAUUAUGUUUCUUGUCAAAUAAAUGAAUGUAAAAAGGAUAAGGAACUAUUUAAUUUACUUUAAAAUAUUUAAUUAUAAUAGAUUCCUCCAAAAUUUAUAAAAGAAUGUAUACAUUUAAAUAUAUAGUUAGGUUCAUUAAAGACAUCACAAUCUAUUUAGUAUUAUACUCUAAUAAACUAAAUUUAUGCUGCAAAUAUUGAAUUGGAAGAGAAGAAUGAAAUAAAUUUUAAUAUUGAAUUUACAUUAGAAUGUAUAAGAUUGAUAAAUUACAUUGAAGAAAGAAAUCAUAUAAAGAUGGAAUUUGAUUAAUACUUUUGCAUUGAUAAUUUGAUAUAUCAUUUUAGAUUUAGUUCAAGUAGAAAUUAUUGAUUAAUUUAAGUUAGUUCAAAAUUAAUAAAGAUUUAACUAUUAUGUAAUACUCAUUUAAGUUAACAAUGAUAUCAACCAAAAUCAAUUAAUAGAAGAAUUGUUUUUUAUAAUAGAGAACUUAAAAUGUUAAAAGAAUAUAUAACAAAAUAAUCACAAUGUAGAAAAAAUCAUCUAAAUGAAUUCUUCAUUUAUUUAACAAUAAUAAAAUUAAAAUAAAGAAGGAAUUAAAAUUUAAGAAGAUCCUAAAAAAAACAUAUUUAUUGAAGAAAAUAUAAUGAUUAACAUAGAUGAAGGAAUUUAGUAAAUUAAUACCUAAUCAAAAUUAUUGUAUUCUAAUAAUAAUGAAAAAAAUGAGGGAACACAAUUCAUACAAAUCAAUUAAUCUUAAGGAAGCAUACCUUAAGUUGAAAUUAAAUAAGACUUACCAUUAGAAGAAGAUUAAGAUAUUAAAAUAUAAUAAUAACAAUUUGAUACUUAAAAUAUAAUUAAUGAUGACAUCUUUGAUUAGCCUUUAUAAGUUGAACAAUAAUAACAUUAAUAAAGACUAAAUUAGAUAGAUUAAUAUGAAAAGAAAAUAAAAGAAACUUAAGAAAUUCAAGAAUCUAUCAAUUUUAAUAAUUCUGAUAAAAAAUAAUAGUAAGAAUAAAAAAUUGAAAAUAUAGUGUUUGAUGAAUAUAAUUAAUCUAGAUUAUAAUAGUAGGAUAAUUUAACAAAUUAAAAUAUCAUAGAAAAAUAGUUAUAAAACAAUUAAUAAGUAUAAUAACAUAAUCAUUAAAAUUAAAUUUAAGAUGAUCUUCAAAAUGAAUAAUAACAUCAUUAUGAUUAAUAUGAAUCUCAUUAAAAUCAUCAUCAUCAUCAUCAUAAUCAUCAUUAUAAUGAAUAAUUUAGAAGUAUUUAAUAUGAAGAUGAAUAAUCUUAUUCUGAAUAUGAAAUACCAAUCCAUCAUCAUCAUCACCAUCAUCAUCACUCAUUCCAUCAUCAUAAUCAUUAAUUAGAUAAUACUUUUUAAGAAAAUGAUGGUUAUAAUCUAAGAGGUUAAAAUGUAGUUUCUAAAAGAAAUAAUUUAAGGGGUAACAAAUUUAGAGAUGAUUCUUUGAAUAACAAUAAUGAUCCAGAAAUAAUUGAUAGAAUCAUUAUAGAAUAUAAUUUUUCUUAAAGAGAAAAUGAUGAAUUAUAAGAACAAUAGUAAUAAUAGCCAAAUUAAACAAAAAAAGAUCAUAAAAAAGAAAAUCCUAUACCAGGCCCUAAAAAAUAAUAAAUCUAAUAUGGAGAUGAUGAAUCACAAUAAUCUAAUAAUAAAAACACUUAAAAUCAAAAUAAAAAUCAAUAGAGUAUUGAUAAUCAAAAUAAAAAAUAAAAAAGUAAAACAUAAAGUCAAUCAAAUGAUGCAGAAGAAGGGGAAAAUAAUGAAUAAGAGAAUAAUGAUUAAACAUAAAAUGAUAAAUAAAUUGAAUAAAAUGAACCAAAAAAAUCAUCUACUUAAAAAUAAAAUAAUAAUUAAGAUAAGGACAAUAAAUAAUAAUAAAAUGCGUCUUAAAAUAAAAAUGCAAAAUCAUUAGAUAAAAGUGGAACAAAUUAAUAGGAGGAAGAAGAAAGUAAUCAAAAUAAUAAUGAAGAUGAUGAAAAUAAUUCAGAAUAAAAGGCUAAAUCAAAGAAUAAGAAUAAUAAAUAAAAAAAUUAAGAAAAUUAAGAGGAAAAUGAAGCAUAGAAUGAGAAUGAUGAUGAAGAAGUUAAAUAAUAAGAACAAGAUUAAGAAUAAGCAGAAGCAGAAAAAGAAAAAGAAAAUGAGGAUGAAGAAGAAAAAGAGGAAUAAUAAUAAGAUGAAAAUCAAGAAGAAUAAGAGGAGAAUGCUUAAGAAAAAUAAUAGGAUAAGCAAAAGUCCAAGACAAAAAAAAAAUAAUCUAAAGAAAAUGAUAAGGAAAAAGAAAAAGGAAAGAAAAAUAAAUAAAAAACUUAAGAUUUAGAAGAGGAAAAUAAUGAGAAUGAAAAUAUUGAAGAUGAAGAGGAAUUAUAUGAUUUUAAUGGUAGAUACAUACCUAAUGAUCCAUUUUAUGAACAUCGAAAAUCAAAAAGAGGAAGAUUUCCUUUCAACUAUCCAACUAGAGAUCCAUAUCAAGAUAUGUUUGAAGAUGAACGAUUUUGGAGAUAUGAAACUAUGAGAAGACAAUAAGUAAGGUUUCCUUUUAAUGGAUAUCCUUAUAGACAUAGAAAGUAAACAGUUGAUCAUUCACCUUUUCCACAUGUUAACUCUUAUUAUAAAAUGCAUCCUUAUUAGCAAUAGACUUAUCAUUGUUCACCUUGGGUUGGUAGAGACUUUUAUCCUGAUACUGGUUAUGGAAUGAGUAGAGUAACAGCUGCUUAUAAGGGUAGAUAUACAGAUCCUGAUUAAGUGUUAAGAGAUUUAACAAUAAAAUAAUAAUAAUAAAAACAAUGGAAAAAAUCUAUUUAAUAAUAUAGAGAUUAAGUAGGAUAUAAGUAAGGGGACUACGAUCUAGACUUUUAGCCAGAUUAUUCUUAAUCAUAUGAUAAUAUUGUAUAAUAAUAUCCUGAUUAUGAUUCAACUAUUUAAGAUCCAAGUUAAUUUCAACCAUAUGAAGAAGAAUAAAAAAAGACUUAUGAUUAUUUGAAUGAUCCUUAAUAUAAAUUUAGAUAGGGCAAAAAACCAUUGGUAAAAAAUGAUAGAAUAAAAACAUUUAAUCGUUAUUAGGAGGAUACAAAUGAUUGUUUUGUGGUUUAUGAUUAAUGCAAUUUUUAAGGAAAUAGAUUAGAUUUAUGUGGAGAAUAUCCUGAUAUUCCAUAAUAUAUAAAUGGAUUUAAGAUUUUCUCUUUUAUUGUACCUGAUAAUUUAUAAAUAAGAUUUUUUCAAUCAACAGAUUUUGAAAGUAUUAAUAUUAUUUAAAUAAAUUAGACAAUGUUUAAAAUGUUGAAGGAACAUCUGAUUGUUUAAAAGUACCAUAUGAAUUAGUUCCAAAUUUAUAAUAAUGA